AUGGCGUCCUACGUGGGCCUGGCCUUUCUGGUCGUUCAACUGGCCCGCGCCGCCGACUUCGUAUUUUACACGGAACCCACGGAAGUCGAGGUUUUUGUGGAGAUUCCCAUGAAUUACAGUAGGUGAGUCCCUUUUCGAUUGAGUUGGUUAUUGAUCAGUCCUUUUGCAACAUUAUUUUGCAAUAAAAAAGCAUUUUAAAAGCCAUAUGGCAGAAAUAUACACCUUGCUUUAGAUCAUAAGAUCUUUUUCCUCCGUUUGUUAAGUUGGAACUUAUGCUCCCGAACCAAAAAAAACAAAAAGACUGUACUUUUGAAAAGACAUAUGUCCUACUUAUAUAGUAUUUCAUCCAUUUUCUUCAUCUUUUCAUCAGCCUGUCAUGUAUAAUAUAAUUUUAGUGUUUAUGGGAAAUUGGAGCCAGAAGGGAGUGAUUGGUUUGUCCUAUUCCAACUGGAUCACAGUCUGCAUCCCUCUACAUUUGCAGGUGUAAAUGAGGAUAUCCAAGCGGGCGAUGAGUUCCCGAAAUGUCAAAGAUAUCCGGCAGUGCGGGAAAUUAAGGUUACGGUAGGUAAAAAUCAUCCAAAAAUUUUAUAAUUUUUUUUUGAUUUAAGUUGGAAUUGUAUGCGUUUUUUAUGCGGAUAAAGACGCAAAAUCGCGAACGCUACGAACAUCCAGAAGAAGUUCAUUUUGGCCAGAAAUUCCUGGCCAACUUCUACGCUCAGGACGAAGAGGACGGGCCCUUAUGCACACUUCCGGUCCGAGCCAGAGUUCUCGGUGAGUGAGAGGGGUUAAUUACAGAAAAAAGUCAAGAAUUCGGAUUGAAAUUACGCAAAUAUAUUUAGAUAAACAUAUCUUUUUUUAUCAAUUGUAACAUGACCCUCAAGAUUAAUAAGAUUUUUAAAGGUGAUCCGGUGACCACAGCCAGCCCUUUUUACCCUACUCGAUCUACAUCAUUACGCAGCAGUUCCAGGAGGACGAUCGCUCAAAAUGUCCCCACCAUGACCACUCGGAGAUACCAGAGUAAUCUCAGAUUCGCGACUUUUAAAACGCAACGCCCGAAGGCGACUACUGAGACGCCGGUCAAAGAACAUUCAUAUAUUGACAUCCAAAAUGACCGCGAGGUCUAUGCGAUGGUGCAACGAUCCAGGUGAGUUUCAUAAUAAUUUCAAUUCGAAAUUUCGUUGUAAAACCUAAAAUAAUAUAAAUUAUUCCAAUUGUGAACUUUAAACUAAUGAUCUUCAGGACAAAAGAGAUCAACUCGGUCUGGUCGAUAACAUUCCUCCUCUUCCUCUGGCUGGAAGUGGGCAUUAUCGGUUCUUUUGUGGUCUUCGGACUGGUUAUGUUGGUCAUCCUCCAGAUCAGACCCUCAGGCUACAACGAAAAAUUCAUCACAUUGGUGGAUUAG